AUGUACUACAGCAUCUGUCUCACAGAGUACGCAACAAGCAGGGACCCACCAGGCGGGGCGUCAUGGUACAGCCGUUGUUCACCGAGGAUCCGCGCUUGCAUUGUCCUGACACUGGCCACCAGCGCCUUCGCUGGAUACGUCGGCACCGCCGGUUACGGACUCGGCUACCAUGCCGCUCCAGUCGCCACUAUCGCCCACGCUCCAGUCGCCACCGCUGUUGCGGUCCCAGCAGUGGCAACCGUCGCCCACGCCGUCCCAGCAGUCGCCACCUACCACGCUGCCCCCGCUGUUGCCACUGUUGCCCAUGCCGUGCCAGCCGUGGCUGCUUACCACGCCACACCAGCCUACUACGGCUAUGGCGUCGGCACCCUCGGAUACGGGGUGGGCCACUACGGUUUCGGUCAUGGUCUCCUCGGCUACGGCCUGAACUACGGCUACGGUCUCGGCACCCCCUUCCACUACGGAGCCCUUCUCCGCAAGAAGUGUGAGUAA